CUUCCCUUUCACUCUACAUUUCUAUACACACACAAAGGAAAAGGGAGAGAAAGAGAGAGUUAUAUUGUGUUUGGUUGACGAUAUAAAUUCAUCGUAAGUAAUGGCAGACCAAGGUAAUUUUGUAAGAGUUACACGAUUGGCCAAGAAAAGGGAAGCAGAAGCAAUGGUUAAGCACUUACAACAACCCAACAAGAAGAGGGUUGUGUUGGGUGAAAUUCAAGAUUUGUCAAAUGCUGGUUUUAAUCAGAUUAAGCCUAAAACUAAGCAGAUUACUACUAAGAGGAAGGUGAAAAGGUGUGUUAGUGAGAAAGAGAAGGAAAUUGAUGUUGAUGCUAAAUUGGAUGAUGACCCUCAGAUGUGUUGUGCUUAUGUUUCUGAUAUAUAUCAUUAUCUUCAUCAAAUGGAGAUUGAGAAAAAGAGAAGACCAUUGCCUGAUUACCUUGAGAAGGUUCAGAAGGAUGUGACUGCAAAUAUGAGAGGGGUUUUGGUGGACUGGCUGGUAGAAGUUGCAGAGGAAUACAAACUUUUAGUAGACACUUUGUACCUUGCUGUUUCCUACAUUGAUAGAUUCUUAUCGGUGAAUGUCAUCCCUAGGCAAAGACUUCAACUUUUGGGUGUUGCUUCAAUGCUCAUUGCUGCGAAAUAUGAGGAAAUUAAGCCUCCACAUGCUAAGGACUUUAGUUACAUUACAGCCAAUACAUUUACAAAGAAAGACGUGGUGAAGAUGGAGGCUAGUGUGUUACAAUCCCUCAAAUUUGAAAUGGGUAAUCCCACAGCCAAAACAUUUCUCAGAAGAUUUACUAGGGUUGCCCAAGAAGAUCACAAAAAUCACGAUUUGCAGUUGGAAUUUCUGGGGUGCUACCUUGCGGAAUUAAGUUUAUUGGAUUACAACUGUGUGAAAUUCUUGCCUUCUUUGGUAGCCGCUGCUGUGAUAUUCCUUUCAAGGUUCACAUUACAGCCAAAGUCUCAUCCUUGGAAUCUGGCCCUUCAAAGUUGCUCAGGAUAUAGAGCAGCAGAUUUAAAGGAAUGUGUUCUUAUCAUACAUGACUUGCAAUUAAGUAGAAGAGGAAGCACUUUGGCAGCUGUGAGGGACAAAUACAAGCUGCAUAAGUUCAAAUGUGUGUCAACAUCGUCUUCUCCUUCGGAUAUACCUGAUUCAUUCUUUGAAGAUACAAGAUAAUGAUUACUCGGGCAUAUGCUUGGAAUUGGAAAGGGACGUUACAAUGAUACCUGGAAAAGGUGAACUGCCCUGCCUUCCUCAAGCAGGAAAGCUGGCUCAUGAUCCUCUGAGGACGACAUCAUGAACCUGAGUGUCAUUAUAAUAGAUUUGGUCCUCAAGGUGUACGAAAGUUAUAACAGGUAGCUAAUAAGAUAAUCUUCGAAAUUUUGUGACUUGGUUUAAAAGUCUCUUCAUGUUAAGCUUAGAGACAUGGAUAGUAAAAAUAGUGAUGCUUCUACAUUGUUGUACUGAAGUGAUGGUUGGAGUUUAGUACAGAUACAUUACUCCUGUAAUAAGCUAGAAACAACUACAGAGUACUACUAAUAAAAACGUGUACUCCUUAUUGCCUUC